UCUUAAAUUUCUUCUUUUGCUAUUUUCUUCUUUUGCCCCUUUUCUACUUGAAGUAUUAUUCUCUUCUAGCUUUUGCUCAUCAUCUGAAAACCCUAAAUGGAGUUAGAACAGUUUUGUCUGUUGUUCAAACUCUCUUUAAUGCUUUACAAUGUUCAGAGCUGAAAGAGAUAUGUUCUUUUUUUGGGUAUGAAUCCCAACUCAAUGAACUUAAAGACACUGUCGAUACUGUAAAAUCUGUACUCCUUGAUGCUGAGCACAAGAAGGUAUUGUCUAAUAAAGAACUACUUUAUGUCCAACAGCUAAAAGAUGCUGUUUAUGAUGCAGAUGAUCUACUUGAUGAGUUUGUUACUCUAGCAGAUCAAAAGCAGCUGAUGAAGAGUGGGAAACCGUCAGAAAAGGUUCGUCGCUUUUUUUCUCGUUACAAUUCUCUUGUUGUUGCUUAUAAUAUGUCUCGAGAGGUUAAGAAGAUUAAGAAGAAGUUGGAGGCUAUUACCAACAAUUAUAAUCAGUUUGGGUUUAGUGUAGACUCUCAGCCUAUUAGAGAGAGAAGGGAGGAGACUUGUUCUUAUGUGUAUGCGAAUCAAAUUGUUGGGAGGGAGGAUGAUUUGAAAAAAAUUGUGGGGCUUUUGAUGGAUUCUAAUUAUGAUCAAAAGAAUAAUGUUUCUUUUCUUACUAUUGUGGGGAUUGGUGGGUUGGGAAAAACUGCUUUGGCUCAACUUGUAUAUAAUGAUGCAAGAGUUGCAUCCUCUGCUGUAUUUGCAUUGAAGAUGUGGACUUGUGUAUCUGAUCAUGAUCAAGAACACUUGAAUGUUAAUGGGAUUCUUCGUAAGAUUCUGGCUUCAACUGGUGAAAACAUAUCAAUGGAGGGAUUCUCUAUGGAUAUGGUGCAAUGCCAUCUUCGAGCAAAACUAGCAAGCAACAGAUUCUUGCUCAUUUUAGAUGAUGUUUGGUGUGAGAAUCGCAACCAGUGGCAAAACUUGGAAGAGUACUUAUUGGGUGGUCAGAAAGGGAGUUGGGUAAUAGUCACAACACGUUCGCAUAGGACGGCAAGUAUUGUACGUAGUGAUUUAACGCAUAAAUUAGAAGGCUUGUGGGAAGAGAAGGCGUGGGAUUUGUUUGAAAAGACCGCGUUUGAAUCGGACCGUGUACACUCGUAUGAUAGGUUGGUCAAGAUCGGGAAACACAUUGUUCGAGGAUGUGCUGGGGUUCCCCUUGCUAUUAGAGUGGCAGGAAGUCUGUUGUAUGGUCAACAUAUAAGUAAGUGGAUAACAUUUCAGGAGAUUGGAGUAUGCAAUUUUAAAGAAAGCAAAAAUGAUAUCAUGCCUAUAUUGAAACUAAGUUAUGAUCAACUUGAGUCUCCACUCAAGAGUUGUUUCACUUAUUCUGCAAUAUUUCCCAAGAAUUGCGAGAUAGAAAAGGAGAUGUUGAUAGGCCUUUGGAUGGCACAAGGUUACAUUGUUUGUCAUGAUAAUGAUCAGGGGAUCAAAGAUGUUGCAGAAGAAUACAUUUCCAUUUUGCUGCAAAGAUGUUUUUUCCAAGAUGUAAAACACGAUGAGUAUGGUGGUAUUGUCUCGUUCAAAAUACACGAUCUCAUGCAUGACAUUGCUCAAACAGUCGCGGGAAAAGAGAUUUGUGUGUCUACGAAUGUUACUACCGUGGAUGGAAAUGUUCGACAUCUAGCUUGUGAAGUAAGUGACAUCAAACAAGCCUCCUGUUGUCAGGCACGCAUCCGAUCAUUUUUUGGUCGUGGAAUGAGCUCAGUUAGCAGUGACGGCAUUCUGAAGGAUUUGAUAGAAAAUUGGAAGUGGCUGAGGGUACUGACCUUGAACUUGCUUGAUAGCAAGAGCUUACCAAGCUCAAUAGGCAAAUUGAUACAUUUAAGAUACUUAGAUCUCUCAGAAAACAGGGAGUUGGAAGUGCUUCCUAACUCAAUUGUAAAGUUGUACAAUCUACAAACUUUAAAAUUAGAACGAUGUUUAAGCUUAAAAGAGUUGCCAAAAAAUUUGAGCAAGCUAGAAAAGUUGAGUGAAUUGAACAUAAAAGGAUGUGAGGAGCUAACGUCAAUGAAUCGAGGCAUUAACAAGCUAACUCGCCUUCACACACUAACAAAGUUUGAGGUGGAUGGAGUAAGUUCGAGUUGGAAGUGUUGGUUUGAUCAGUUUGAGGAACUAAAAGAUCUUAACAACCUAAAAGGGAACCUUUGCAUCAAUAUAAGAAUCCCCAAUAAUGUUACAAUAGUGGAGAAAGAAGGAAGAAGAGAAAGAGGAUAUUUGAAGAACAAGGAACAUCUAGAUUAUAUUUUUAUUGAGUUGAGGGAAAAACGAGUAUAUGAUGAUGAAGAAACAAUAAGGCUGAUGGAAGUGAUGGAAGAGAUGCAACCACAUACUAAUCUUAAAGGCUUAACGUUGAAAAAAAUGAGAAUAUCAAGUUGGAUGAAGGAGAAUAACUUGGUGACCUUGCUCCCAAAUCUCAUUCAUUUACAUCUUCUAGAUUUAGAAAUGGAUAGCUCAUACAAGUUAACAUGUUUGGGAAAACUUCCCCAUCUAAAAUGCCUUAUUCUUCGUGGGAUGAAGAAUUUGGAGUACAUAAUUGAAGAUAGCUCUGAAACUAGUAAAGAAUCAUCCUUGUUUCCAUCUCUUGAAUCAAUUGAGUUAAAUAAACUAAAAGAGCUGAAAGAAUGGAGGUGGAGGUUAGGGUUGAUGGAGCCCCUAUGUCUUUCUAAAUUGAAAACAUUAGAGAUAAUUGAAUGCCCAAAUCUAGUUGCUAUUUUGCAGUGUCCUUUAUUAAAAGACCUAAUUUUGAAGGACUUCAAUAAGACACUACAAAUAAUAACAGUUUUGGAGGAUGAGAAAGGAAAGAUCAAUUCCCCCAAAUUAGUGAACAUUGAAGUAGACCAUGUGGCUUGGCUUAGUUUGUUGGCUAUGCCUGCAGUUGCUUUUCAGUGUCUUACUAAGUUGAAAAUAAAAAAUGAUCAAGAGGUGGAGUCAUUGAGAGAAAUUGAGGUGGUCUUUCACCACUCUUCUUUUUCCUUAAAAUUCUUGUAUAUUGAAAGUUGUGGGAAGUUAAGGAGUAUUGUGGGUGGAGGGUUGGAGCAUCUCAUUGCGUUGGAGACGUUAAAUAUCAGUUGUUGCUCAAAUUUGAAGGUAAAUGAAGGCACACCAUGGCAACCACCUUUUCAUCACUCGCUCCGGGAAUUGACACUGUAUAAUCUCCCCCAGCUUAUAGAUGUUCCCAGUUGGAUUCAAUUUUUAACCUCCCUUCAAACCCUCCGAAUUUUGAGAUGUCAAGGAAUAGAAAUCUUGCCGGAUUGGAUGUCCAAACUCACUUCCCUUGUCAAGAUUAGUAUUUGGAAAUGUUCACAACUCCUCAGACAAAGAUGCCAAAAUCUGCCCCUCAAUCCAGAUAUCCCUUCCAUUAAUCCAGAUAUCCCUUCCAUUAGUUUUAGCUACGCAUCAGCCGCAGUGCGUGAUGUAGGAACGUUUGAAGCCCUUCAAUAUCUUAAUGAAGUGAAGGAUUUGUUUCGGGAUCAAAGGGAAAAGUAUGACUUGUUCUUGUUGAUCUUAAAAAAGUUUAAGAACAGUAGAAUGGAUGUCGAGGGUGUUAUAGCUCGGAUAAAGAUAUUAUUUGAGGGGCAUAAUGAUUUAAUUGAUGGAUUCAAUUGUUUUCUGCCAGAGGGGUUUGAGAUUACCGUGGAUGAUGAGGCGAAACCCAGUUAGGAGUAUGACAAAGGAGAUUCAUUAAGAGUGGCAAAGAAAUAAAGUUCUCUGUGUUAAGAUAUACGACCAAUUCUUGGAGGCUUUGAAAAUUUGUAGGGCACAAAGUUAUUUUUCUUCCCGAAACGUAUGCAUGGGAUCACCGAUCACCCUGGAUAUAUGACGAGGAGCCUCCACAAAGAAUGUUGCGGAGUUUAAUUAAGGAAGCCAUUGAUUAUUUUUAAUUAAGAUUUAUGUAUUUUAUAGACUAUUAUUAUUGAUUUCAGGAUGUUAAUAUGUCAUAUAUAAAAUAGUUAGAUUUUUUAUGAAUUUAAUAGUGCACUGUAUAAUAGUGUGCAUUAAUGAACCAAUUUGGGAUGGUUCAAAAAUAACUCAUACAAGAAACAAGGCUGCAGAACAAAACAAAGGAAAGGAUUCAGAUCUUGCAAAACAGAACACAGAACUCAUAACAUCAGAGCAACAGAGUCUGAUCAAUACUGGCGACCAGCAGACCUUGCACGCCCUUACCAGAGCAAGCAUGGACACCUUGGAAGCAUAGAAGGUAAUAAUGCAAUCUCUACACAUGGACCUUCCUGCCAUGGUCCAAGAAUCCUUCUGUCAAACAUUAGAAGACCCCAAGAAACAGAGCUGAAGGUCACUCACUCAACAGCAACUACACAACAGUGUCGGGUUGAAACUGCUGACCAGCAGACUUUGAUGACCUGUGCCAGAGCAAGCCUAGACUCCUUGGGGGACUCAAGGGGUAGAAAUGGAAUCUUCACACUUGGAUCUACCUGCCAUAAUACAAGGAUCCUCUUAUCAGCCAUUGGAAGAUCCCAAGAAGAGUGGAUGAAGGUCGCGCAAUCAGCAGAUGGUUCAAAACAGAACAGAAUGGAGCUGAUGGCAUCUGCUGACCAGCUACCUUGUGAGUCCUGGCCAGAGCGUAUUUUCAGCCCUGCUGGAUCAUCAAGGGUAGAAACGGAAUCUUUGCACUACAAUCUUUCCUUCAAGGCUCACAACCAGCUUUGUCUAUUUCUGCAAAGACACUAGAAAACUGGUGGAAGGUCGCCUGGUUAACGGUUGUCUUUCAAGUAGUCAGACUGCAUAGUUUAGUUUAGUUGUUCUAUUUUUAAAGUGCACAUGUUUUGCAUGUGUCUUUUAAUGACCGUUAUAUUUAGUUAUUGAGUCAUUAGUAGUCUCAUUGUAUUUUCCCCGUCCCUCACGUCUAUAUAUAGAUGGUCUUAGCCUUGUAAACACUAACUUUGAGAUUUCAGAAAUAUCAAUACAUUGGAUUUCAUUCCUUUGUUUUUCCUUGA